AUGACAACAAUAUCUGAUUCAACAAAAGAACUUCUUGUUAAAUUAGGUUUAUCUGAUCAAAAUGAUAGUGAUUAUCAAGCAAUAGUAAACGAGAGAUUAGAUCUUUUGAACACUAAAAGUGCAUCACUAGCACAAUUGAAAUUGCUUGGUAUAUCAGGUGGCAGAUGUCUUUCAAUUAUUCAACAUAGCCAACAUCAACCCAUCCAACAAGUUUCAAAGUAUGCAAAUCUUGGUAAAUUGGAUUCAAUUCUCAUGGAUCCCAAAACUAUAUAUCUAAUUGAUUCCGUAAACUUUGAAUCACAAGCAAAAUUCAAAGCAAGUGGUCUCAUGGUUUCUUCUCCCAACCCAGAUAAAUACAAAGAGUACUUAAAGUCUGACUUGACCAAUAAAAAGUACUGGAUUGCUUGA